AUGCAAGCUCUAAGUUGGCUCUAUAAAGUGCUAAAUAUUUCAUCACAUUGCAAAAAAUGUUUUGGAUCAGCUAUUAUCCAAAAUAAUUUUUUUAUUUUAGUAUUAAUAAUUCCAUACAAAAUAAUAAGCAGUUUAAAUCAUUAAAAAAUUAACUUCCGGCUACUACAGAAAGACUACUCUAAAAUAGUAAUCUCAAACGGUUUAAAACGAGAGAAUGUUUUUCGAGAUAUUACAUACUGUGACUGCAUUAGUUGUAGUGAACAACCUAGCAUCGUGUUUAUGGCAUCUUGUAAUAUUUUUGUCGAAUCAAGAAUAUCUGGGAUCAAUGUGGUCUCAGAUAUCCAUCUUUAAGAUAUAAACAUUUCCGAGACUGGACAGAUUCUGAAAUACAGUACAUUGUCUUACGUCUGCUGAAAGAUACUAUGCUGGUGGGAGCAUUUAUCAUACAACACAGUCUCAUGGCUACAGAUGCAUGGAAAAAAUUAAUGCGUCGGUUAAACAUUAACGUCAGUGAAAGACUUCUGUAUGUCCUGGCUUCUUGUUUUGUUCUUACAAUUUACUGCUGCAAAGAUGCCAUUUCUUGUGGGGCACCAUUUCAGUACUUUGAUGCAGAAAUGGAAGAGCACGCCUGAUGUAUACCUGUGGAGCAUUGAUACAAGUGAGAGUAGAUUCUGGUGGCUUUUCAUACUGGUGCACGCAGUGGCUUGGAUGAUCAUUUUUAUUGAAUUGAUGAUUAUGGACCCUGGGGAGCUAAUCGGGUUAAAACAGAUAUACUUUUACCACACUAGAAAAUCAGCUCCCCUCAGCUACAAAUCAAAGGAGUUACAGCUGUUCUACAAGCACUUUCGACAUCCAGGACCUUUAGGAAUAUGGUUGAUGUUGUGGGUACAUCCUGUGAUGACACUUGAUCGCCUAGUACUUGCUGUGUCAUGGUCAUUGUACAUCUUUAUAGCUUAUAGUGUCUCUCUUAAUGGCUUUAAGUUUGCAAAAAGUUACUUUCAAGUCCAGCGAUCCAGAAGUGUCUAUUACAGACCCACAUAGUGAUCACUGAGUAAUAUCACUAAUAGAUAAAAUGCAGUCAAAUACAACACUUCUUUGACAUUUCUUUAUUGCUUUUUUUAGCAAAAUGAAACAUUGAAGCAUUUAGCAACUUGCUUGAGUAACAGAGUAUAACUAAUAAAUUUAGCUAUGUAGUAAAUAAAAUUACCUAAUUAGCAGAUGAUAUACUGUAAAAACAUCUGAUUAUAAAUGUAAAAGUAUGUACCUGCAGUACCAAUAACACCCUCACCUGGACAACACCUUACCCUCAGUAAGACAGAAAUGGGGGAGAAAUUUUGCCUAUUACUGUUUACCACAAAAUAAAACCCAAUAUGGCACAAAAACAUAGUCUAUUACCAUGCAAUAAUUUGUCAAAAUGAAAAGCAUAUCUGUUACUGUAGCUUGUUUUAUUUUGUAGCAAGUGGUUACUGAUAAACACUGUUUCCUGCCACUACCUGAGGCUCAUGUAUUCUGUUCAUUUGUUCCUGUAGAGAUUCUUCAUAGGUCAGAUUUUGUUUUCUUUUGAGGUGCAUGCCAUGCCUUGGUUUACAGCUUCCGCUUUAUAAUGUUGAAAAAGACCCAAUAAUCACAGGGUGGAAAAAAAAAAAUUCAGACACCUUUCAUGUCAGCAUGCAAAAGUUGAAAAAUAUGAAUUUAAAAUGAAAAUAGAGUAAAAUAAAGUCAUGUUGUUUGCAAAACCAGAGAAAAAGACAAUGCCAGACUUCGUCAUAUAAAAUGCAUAUGCAACUAGUUAAUACAAGAUUUAUGAAAGAAAGCUUACUUUUAUAUAACUGACUAGUAUGCUAUUGCAUCCUCAGCGAAUGCAGGCAAAAAAUGUGAUAUUUUAUUUAUUUGCCAGUUUGGCAGCUAUAUGAUGCUGUUGCAGUCUCAUUUUGACCGCAUCCCUUCAUUUUUUCCCCUUUCUUUGGUGCUGUUUAUAACUUUAUAAAAUUUAAUUUAUUUAAUGGAAGAUAUAAUCUAUUUGAUAUUCUUUGCAGAGUCAAGACUUCCAUUGAAAUAUUGUUGCAUAAUUUAAUGAUAGUUCUCACUUAUCAGUUUAACUAUUUUCAUGCAUAUUACGUUGAUGUAUAUACAAACAAUUUAUAUAUUAGAAGACAGAAGGCACAUAUGUUAAGCUUAAUAAACCUAGUUUCAGUUUUGA